AUGGACACGAGGACGGCGACAGCUGAGCUCGGAUGGAUAUCGUUCCCUGCCAAUGGGUGGGAGGAGGUGAGCGGCUACGAUGAGAACCUGAACACCAUCCGGACGUACCAGGUGUGCAACGUGUUCGAGCCCAGCCAGAACAACUGGCUCCUCACCACCUACAUCGACCGGCGGGCGGCGCAGCGCAUCUACGUGGAGAUCCGCUUCACCGUGCGCGACUGCGCCUCCAUCCCCAGCGUCCUGGGCUCCUGCAAGGAGACCUUCAACCUCUACUACCUGGAGACGGACAGGACCGUGUCCGAGGGCGUCAAGGGGGUGGAGUACUGGGCCAACGCGCCUUUUCUGAAGGUGGACACCAUCGCAGCAGAUGAGAGUUUCUCCCAGGUGGAUUUCGGAGGGAGGCUAAUGAAGGUGAACACAGAAGUGCGGAGCUUUGGGCCGCUGUCCAAAGGCCGAGGCUUCCACUUGGCCUUCCAGGAUCUGGGGGCCUGCAUGUCCCUGCUGGCUGUCAGAGUGUUCUACAAGAAAUGUCCCAGCGUGGUUCAGAACUUUGCUUUUUUCCCAGAGACGCUGACUGGAGCCGAGUCCACCUCAUUAGUCAUUGCCAGAGGAAGCUGCAUUCCCAACGCGGAGGAGGUGGACGUGCCAAUAAAGCUUUACUGUAACGGAGAUGGAGAGUGGAUGGUUCCCAUCGGCAGCUGCAGCUGCAAGGCGGGUUACGAGCCGGACAAUGGCAACGUGUGCAGAGCCUGUCCUCAGGGCACCUUUAAGUCCUUCCAGGGGGGAGGACUGUGUCAGCAAUGUCCGCUCAACAGCCGCUCCACCAUCGAGGCGGCCACCCUCUGCAGCUGCUGGAACGGCUUUUACCGCGGAGACAUGGACAGACCUGAGGACGUGUGCACCAGUGUCCCCUCAGCUCCUCGCAAUCUGGUCUCGGUCGUCAACCAGACGUCGGUGCUGCUGGAGUGGCACACGCCGCGGGACACGGGCCACCGCGCCGACCUGUCCUACAACGUGGUGUGCCGCCGGUGCAUCAGCAACGAGCGCCGGGCGUGCCAGCCGUGUGACGACGGCGUGGUGUUCGUCCCCGGGAAGCGGCGGCUGAAGGACACGAUGGCGGAGAUCAGCAAGCUGAGGGCGCACACGUCCUACACCUUCGACGUACAGGCAAUCAAUGGCGUCUCCAACAAGAGCCCGUACCCCGCCCAGCAUCUGUCAAUCAACAUAACAACCAAUCAGGCUGCUCCCUCAGUAGUUCCCAUAAUGCACCAAGUGAGCUCCACCAGCCGCAGUUUCUCCUUGUCAUGGCCACCGCCUGAACAGCCCAACGGAAUUAUCCUCGACUACGAGAUCCGAUACUUUGACAAGUCCCAGUCCUCGCACCUGAACAGCUCGGUGGUCCAGAGCGAGGCGCCCAACAUGGUUCUGGAGGGACUGAGGCCUGGAACCGGCUACGUGGUCCAGGUGAGGGCCCGGACCGUGGCUGGCUACGGAGCCUACAGCAGAGAGAUGCUCUUCCAAACACUCACCGACGAUGAGUAUAAGUCAGAGCUUGGACAGCAGCUCUCCAUGAUUGCCGGCUCUUUAGUGGCUGGAGUGUGUAUCGUCUCAUUGGUUGCUAUCGCCAUCAUCUGUUCCAGGAGACGGCAGCUGAAGGAGAGUUUGUACGGUGACAAGAUGCCACAGUACAACACAGGAGGUACUUCACCGGGGGUCAAGAUCUACAUCGACCCCUUCACCUACGAGGACCCCAACGAGGCUGUGCGGGAGUUUGCCAAGGAAAUCGACCCGUCCUGUGUGAAGAUAGAGGAAGUGGUCGGAUCAGGGGAGUUUGGCGAGGUUUACAAAGGCCGCCUGAAGCCCGUGGGGAAAAAGGAAAUAUCCGUGGCCAUCAAGACCCUGAAGGUGGGCUACUCCGAGAGGCAGAGGCGGGACUUCCUGUCCGAGGCGUCAAUCAUGGGCCAGUUUGACCAGCCGAACAUCAUCAGACUGGAGGGCGUGGUCACCAAGAGCAGGCCCACGAUGAUCAUCACGGAGAUGAUGGAGAACGGAGCUCUGGACUCGUUUCUCCGGCAGAACGAUGGCCAGUUCUCAGUGAUCCAGCUGGUUGGUAUGCUGAGGGGCAUCGCGUCUGGAAUGAGGUACCUGGCGGAGAUGAGCUAUGUUCACCGGGACCUGGCAGCUCGAAACAUCCUGGUGAACAGUAACCUGGUGUGUAAGGUGUCCGACUUUGGCCUCUCACGCUAUCUGGAGGAGGACACCUCUGACCCCACCUACACCAGCUCACUGGGCGGUAAAAUCCCCGUGCGCUGGACGGCUCCGGAGGCGAUCGCCUACAGGAAGUUCACGUCCGCCUCAGAUGUGUGGAGUUACGGGAUCGUCACCUGGGAGGUGAUGGCAUACGGAGAGAGACCUUACUGGGACAUGAGCAACCAAGAUGUGAUAAACGCCAUCGAGCAGGACUUCCGGCUGCCGGCGCCGAUGGACUGCCCGGUCGUGCUGCACCAGCUGAUGCUGGACUGUUGGCAGAAGGACAGGAACGCUCGGCCAAAGUUCCCGGAUAUCGUCAGCAUGUUGGACAAGAUGAUACGUAACCCCGCCUCCCUCAAAGCCGGCACCAACAACAUGGCCCCUCUCUCCAGUCCGUCCCAUCAUCCCCUGUUGGACCGCGGAGCUCCGGACCUGAGCCGGCUGAGCUCGGUGGAGGACUGGCUGGCCGCUCUGAAGAUGACCCAGUAUCGAGACUCCUUCCUGGGCUCCGGUUUCACGUCUCUGCCGCUCGUCACACAAAUCACAGCUGAAGAUCUUCAGAGAAUCGGCGUGUCUCUCGCCGACACCAGAAGAAGAUCCUGA